UUCUUCAUCUCAGGCAAGAGAAAGAAAGAUCAAACAAAAAUGUCUAUUUCUUUCCAUGCUCGUUCUAACAGUGUUCCCUCUAUGCAACAUCCACAAGCUGCUCAUGUUGAUGAGCAGUUGACCAGAUUGAGAUCUUCUGAGGCAGCCUCUUCAUCUUCCAGCUCUUCUAUUUACCAAAGACUAAGCAACCUUCAAGACUUACAUGACUCUCUUGACAAGAUGCUUCGCCUAUCUAUCACCAACAAGGCUUUAUCUCAGGUUCAGGUUGAGAAGCUUCUUGAUGGAUCCCUCAGGAUCUUGGAUUUGUGCAAUGUGGCCAAGGACGCUUUGUCACAGAUGAAAGAAGGUCUCAAGGAGAUCCAAUCUAUUCUAAGAAGAAAGCGUGGAGAUUUAUCAGCAGAGGUCAAGAAAUACUUAGCCACAAGAAAGUUCUUGAAGAAAUCAUUCCAAAAAGUAGUCAAGAAUUUGAAAGUGAGCCAAAACAAAGAGAGCACCGAUAAAUCUUUGGUUGUGUUUGGAGAAGCAGAAGCCAUAACAGUUGGUGUCUUUGAACGUAUGUUUUGCUUCAUGUCCGGAUCUAAGGCUUGUGGAAAAUGGUCAUUGGUCACAAAACUCAUGAGCCAGACCAAAUCUACAUGUGAAGAUGAAGCAAAUGAAUUCACAAGAUUGGACUUUGUGUUUGAAUCCGGGAAGUUACUUAAUAUGGAAGAUGUGCAGUUGCUAGAGUCGUGCAUUCAAGAUCUUGAAGAUGGAACUGAGUCACUCUCAAAGUCAAUGAUUAAAUACAGAGUCUCACUUCUUAAUAUCUUAUAGAUCAUAUCGGCUAUAAAAUUUUGUACAGAAAUUUAAAUGAGAUCAGAAACAAACAUAAACUUUUUUGCCA